AUGCUGCUCAACGUGAACGUGGGCGUGCUGGGGCACGUGGACAGCGGCAAGACGAGCCUCGUGCGCGCGCUGAGCACGCAGCUGUCCACGGCGGCGCUGGACAAGCACCCGCAGAGCCAGCAGCGCGGCAUCACGCUGGACUUGGGCUUCUCCAGCUUCGUCCUGAUGUAUACGCAGCCAUCUCUCCAGGUCACGCUGGUGGACUGCCCGGGGCACGCGUCCUUAUUUCGUACAAUCUUGGGAGGUGUAGCCAUCAUUGACGCCGUGCUCUUGGUGGUGGACUGCCGCAAAGGGAUGCAGCCUCAGACUAUCGAGAGUCUGUUGCUGGCAGCGUUAGCAGCGAAAAAGCGCGUGGUGGUGGCACUCACCAAGAUAGACCUGCUGUCAAGCGUCGACUCUGAAAAAAUGGCUACAAUUGAUGCAGUGACUGCCGAGAUACGGGCGUUUUUGGCUACAUACCUGCAAGUCGAAGCUGAAGCUGUUCCAGUCGUUUCUGUGGCUGUGGGGGCUGAUCAAGAGCCUCAAGGGGUUCAGGAGCUUCUGGGGGUGCUGGGGACCAACUUGCAGCCUCCAGAUCGAGACGCAACCGGAGAUUUCCGCCUUGCAGUGGACCACUGCUUCGCCGUGCCUGGAAACGGCACCGUGCUCACUGGCACCGUGUUGUCUGGAGCUUUAACGAAGGGUGACGAGCUGGAGUUGCUGCCAAUUGGAGUAAAGGCCAAGGUCAAGACGCUGCAGGUGUUCAAGCAGGAGGUGGACAGGUGUGCGCAGGGGGAUCGAGUCGGAGUUCGGGUGAACGGACUCGACCCGAGCCUCAUUGAGAGAGCGCUGGCAGUGUCGCCCCCUGGCAGCUUGGCUCCGGUGACGCAGGUGGUGAUUCCAGUCACGCGCGUGCCGUUAUUCCGAGGCGCGGCGUGUAAGAGUGGAGGCAAGUGCCAUGCUACAGUGGGGCACACUACCGUGAUUGCAACAACCACGUUCUUCUCGAGAUUGGGGGACUCAAGAGAGGCGAGCGAGGGGGAAGAUGCAGAGUUUGACCCGUCGGGAUUGUAUGAGUACGUGGCGGAGCUCGACUUUGAUCGAGCUGAUAACGGAGGUGGAAGCAGCAGGAGUGAGGGGUCAGUGUUUGCGCUGCUCCAGUUCGAGCACGCUGUCUUCUGUCCUCCCAACGCUCUGGUGGUGUGCUCGCGUCUGGAUCUGGAUGCGAAGCGAUUCACGUGUCGGUUGGCGUUCUACGGCGCUGUGAGAAGCAUCGGCCGAAUCAAAAGUCGAGAGGGUUUCGUGGUCAAACUGGUGACUCCAAAGGGUGGCAACAGUGGCGAUGUAAGGGAAGUCAUCGGCCGUGACAUGUUCUCGAAGGAUGUGAAGUGGAGUGUGUAUCAGGACACGAUCGUACUGUUCGAGCAGGCGCGAGUGCUGGGUUCGAUUCUCGGGCCCUUCGGUAAGGCUGGCAAGUUCCGCAUAGCGUUAGAUGCAAGUACGCUGCAUCGAUCGCUGCCUGUGCCUGGAGAGAGGUUUGCACUGCGCUUUCUUAAGCUGACGACGCUGAAGCCCCCCAACGAGGAAGAAGGAGCGACUACCAUCCCAGGGGUUGCCACCCGGAGUGGACGUAUUGAGCGACUGAAGGGCGAGACGGCUGCAGACGGAAGAAACCCUUUUGCUAUUGUUGCAGGUAUGUUCACUUCAGAGCAAGAAGCGAUAGAAGCUGUGGGGAGUCGUGUACGCUGUGUUUACGGCGAUGGAGGAGUUGCGGACUUUGGGAGCAUCGAAAAACCUUUUGGCAAAGCGGGCAAAAUUCGCGUUGAUUUUCAAGAUUGUAGAGGCACAAUGGGUCAAGUGGGGGAUAUCGUCGAGCUAUGCUGA